AUGAGCUACCCGCCGAUUGCUCCAGAAAUUACGGUUCUUCUCCUUGGAGAUGCCGAGGUUGGCAAAUCAACCUUUCUAUCGCGCCUAAGCCUCGGUGUAAGACCUAAGAAUGACGAUCUACCUCCAUACGAGCUCCCAAAGCUUCGCGAUAGCGACCAGCCCUACGCUUUCGACAUCACCCUCUAUGGACGACCGUACAGGCUUCAGUUCUACGACACAGCAUCGCCAACGAACUACACUCUGCUGCAUCCGUCCUUUGUGAUCCUCUGCUAUGACAUCUCCUCUCGUGCUUCUCUACACUCGCUAGCCACCAACUGGCUGCCCAUCGUGAACAAGCACUUCAACUAUGACGAAAAUCUACCCUUCAUGGUCUUAGGCCUGAAGAGGGAUCUCCGGAAGCAAUGGACACUAGAAGAAGUGGGACCGGACCAGACAGGCAAAGGCGCGAGCGUAAUGCCCCCAGAGGGAGUGCAAACAGCACAGCGCAUGCUCUGCGAUUUGUACGCCGAGUGCAGUGCCCUCACCGGCGAACUAUGUCGCGAAGUCCUGGAAGAUGUAGCGAAGACGUGCGCGAAGACCACAACCACAACUGGAGCGAAGGGCAAUCACGAUGCAUGUGUCGUUAUGUAG